AUGGUCAAGCUGUUUUCGAGAAAGAUCGACGAGCUGGUGGAGGGAGUAGAAGUGGGAGGGGGUGCCGACCACGAGGGAGGAGGCAAGGGGAUGGCACGCGUCGAAGAGGAGGAGGAGAUCGAGGAGGAUACAUCGAGGCAAGCUCAGCAUGGGGUGAGCGGCCCGGGCGGCAAUGCGAACGAGCACGAGGACUCGAGCUCGGGAUCGAGCUCCGGCUCGAGCUCGAGCGAUGAAACGGUCAAGGACGACGGCGAGGGCGCCGGACAGAGCAUGGAGCGUACGGGGGAGCACGGAGUGGUGCUCGGGGAGCGGGUGGACGAGCGGGUAAAGCAAAUCGAGCAGCAGGCGACGGGGGAAACUAAGGCUGUCGAGGAGAAGGAGGGCAGAGCGGCUGCGCAAGAGGGUGGGGUCGGAGAGCAGCAGUUGGAGGGCAAGGCGGCUGCGCAGGAGGGUGGGGCAGGAGGGCAGCAGCAGGAGGGUGUGGUGGCUGCGCAUGAGGGUGGGGCAGGAGUGCAGCAGCAGGAGUUUAGGUUGGCGACUGCGCAGGAGGGUGGGGCGGGAGGGCAGGAGCAGGAGGGCGGGGAGGCUGAUGUGGAGUAUCGUCGAGGAGUUGAGCGACAGGCCGCAGUAACAAGGAGUCACCGCACGGCCAGUGGCAGCGGACAGGCGGGCCCUUCGACCGGAUGGCCUUCGACGGCAGGCCAAUCGAUGGCGACCGUUGCAUCCGGAAGCCAGGUCGUCGAGCUACUACAAAGGGUCGAGAAGGUCGAGGCAUCGCAGAAGCAGCUCGUCACCGACGUCUUUGCGAAACACAGUGAGCAAGCCGGAGUUUCCAACACGCUUGCUGCGGAUUUUCGGACGGCCUGGAAUACGAUUUCGGAGUCGUCGAAGAGCACACUGUCGCAGUGCGCCGAGGCUGUGAAGGGUGUCACGGUGGAGAGGAAACUGUUGGAAGGGGCGCGGGCAAAGAUCGACGAAAUGAGCGGGAAGAUCAUCGAGGGGGUGGCAGCCGCCAUCACAAAAGCAAGCAAGGACGCCGUCGAAAAGCAGCUCAAGCAGGUCGAGGAGCGGCUGGUUGGUGCGGUCCUGAAGGGUUUCGAGAGAGCCAUCAAGGAGGACAUGUUCUACUCCAGCCUCCCACCCGAGACCAUGAAGGAGCUGAAGGACAUUGUGAGGGAAGGCUACCAUGAAGCCGAAGCAGGGAGGUUGGAAGUCCUCACCGAAUCGAUGGCGAGAGGUUUUCAGCGCUCAGCAGGCCCGUCGACGAGGUCGCGUCAGGAGGGUGUGGGAGGGGUUCGCAGCGGGGCUGAGCCUCGAGGUCACGAGCGGUCCGUUGCUCCGUCUUCUUCGGUGGGAGGACAUGUCGCCAGCCCGGUUGCAUCCCCAGUGGCGCGUGGCCGUCAUCCCGUCGCCAAGCCCGUCGAGGAUAACGAGGUUAUCGUACUCGACCAGUCGCCCCUCCUGAAGACCUCCGUAGCGGCUCCGAUCGCUCCACCUGAUGCGUUUGCUUCGAUGCGGGACAUGCUGCAGGGCCUGGGGAAAACGGGUGGGAAAGGAGUGGUCGCGGGGGAGAAAAGUGGUGCCCCGAACGAGCACGUCGCCUCGACCGGGAACAGAGCCCUUGGAAAGCGAGGUGCCUCUACCCCGUCAGGCGGCGGUGCGGGGAAAGGAGCGGGAGAGGCAAGCGUUGGGUUGCUGUCGAAGACUAAAGCGGCAUCAGCUGCGCAGAGUGGUGGUGUUGGCCGAGCUGUCGAGCUUGUGGGAAGUUGGGUGUCUUCCUCAACCCCUCCAGUUGCUCCUUUCGCCGCUGCUCCGGCCCUAGGCAACGUUUGCCUUAGCGAACCGGGCUCCCCUUCAACGUCAAAGAAGAAGCCCGCUGCGACGAAGUCGUCGAAGCGCGCUGCACAUGCGACAGAAAGCCUUGACGUGGUGAAGCUGGCCAGCGUCCCUGGUCAGGCGCCUGUCGAGAAGACCUCUAUCGUCGUUGCUGCUCGACAGGAAAAGUCGAAGAAGUUGUCGAGGGAGGAUAUUGAGAAAGAUGCCCUAGCUGCCGCAAACGCUGCGCUCUACGCCCCGGAGAUUGCGACCAAGGCUUGUGUGGCUGCCAUGGCCGCGCUCGUGUCCAUACUUUUGCACGUCGGCAAGACGUGCCCGGUAAAGCAGUGGCCCGAUCAGCUGUAUUCGUCGGCUGUCGCAGGUCUCGGCUCGACAGACGCCAUCCUGUUGCAGAUGGUGCGCGUGGCAGCACAGGUCUGUACGCAAUGGUGCUGCUGUCGAGCUGCUGCCCGCUUGCUGGAGGACGCGGGCUAUGGCAGCCUGGCAAUGCCAGAAGAAAAGAGCAAGGCGAAGUAG